CUAUCUCAAAGCCUGACAUUUGUAACGGACUCGAAGCCGAAGAGGUGAAAAAAGAGACUUGCUUUGAUUUGAAAACCUAUUCGUGACUUGUGACUUACAAUGCGAUUGCGAUUUAUCAGUGUUGAUUAUAGAAAUGGUUCAUUAAGAGUAUUUUGUCUGCUGUAAAAGUAAGCUGCUGCAGUUUUGCGAUUCUUGGUUGCAGAGAGACCUGAUUGCAAGGCUUCUUGCACUCUUAGCAAAGUUGAUUCAAGAAGUAAAACUUCGAGCCAACCUUUUCACACUAGAUUUAGCUCUCAUGAGUACCCUCCACUAGAAGAUAUUUAUCUGAGUUUGUCAUUCCCUUGAUCAACUACCCCAAGAUGAGCGGGAGGAAUAGAGCCAUGUUCAGGAGAACAAAUAUGCAGUCCUUCCAGGGGCAUUCCAAUUUCAAUGCAAAUCAUGCUCAGUUUUAUGCACCUGAGGCAGAAAUCCCCUCUUGUUUUGAAGAAGGGGAGGCAAUGCAGGAGAACUGUUGGCCUCCGGAGUCACCAAGGACCAUUGUGUUUGAUGAAGGUGUCAGACGGUGGCCCUCCGAAGCACCGCAGGCUCCCUAUCAGCCAAGCAAUUCAUCUAGGAUGCCAGAAUGGUCAGAUGCAAGUUCACUUCAUCACUGGUCCUCAGCGCAUCAUUGUUCCGCCGAAUCUGCUGCAAAGGCUUUCCAUCAUGUCUCGAAUAAUUAUCAUCAUCAGUGGUCCUUAAACCCAUUUAGUCAUUCUUCACGAAGUAACAAUUUUUAUGAUUAUAUGAACAUGCAGAAGGAUGCCAAGCAUCUGCUGCCGCCUGCUAAUUACCACCAAAAUUUUAUGGGGGGGUCAGAAUGUCGCUUACCUCAAGAAUCUUUCAGAGCCUCCACGCUUAUACAAGAGAUACAAAGCUACCCAAUGUCAAAUCAGCCAAUCAGACCUCACUCAUCCCUAGAAGAGCCAGCAUAUCCUUCUUUCUCACAAUCAUUUAGGUUGUAUGAGCGUUUUGUGGAAGGGCAAGCUCACUUUAAACCCCACCAGUCAUUUGGAGUUUCGUCACAAGCCGAAGAACCGGUGCCUUUCCAAGAUCAGUACCACUGGUCUGCAAAAUCUGCAAGAAAAUCUAGACCUUUAAAUGUGCCCUCAGUUAAUGGAAUGCCUCAAUCAUCAGUGCCUCCCAUAUGCAUUGCAGACAAUCGGUUCGUUCAUGCCCCUCCUAAUGAAAAGAAAGGAAAAAAGGGGAAAAAAGGAAAAAAAGGAUGUGCGAAAGCUCAGAAAACGAAACCUGGAAGAAAGAAACAGACUCAGGUAACCAUGGAGAGUGGGUUACCUCUCAUGCUCCAGCAAAGGACUCCUAAACCUGUCUCAAGAAGAAAGUUAGGCCGGCUAAAAUGGAGAUUAAAAAAAAAUCGCAACAAAUGGAUGCGCAAGCUGGAGGAAGGAAUGUUAUCAGAUAACAAAAAAGACAAAGCUCUAUUCAGGAUCAAUGCUUUGAAUAAUAGAAUCGAAGACACCAUGGCAAGAAAGACUCAGUUAAAGAGAGGUAAAAAGCUCAAAAAAAUAGCAGCAGCAAAAGCAGCAGCACAAGCACCAGCAGUAAAAGCAGGAACAUCAGUAAAAAUAGAAGCAGCAGUAAAAACAGAAGCAGCAGUAAAAACAGAAGCAGCAGUAAAAGUAGACGCAGCAGUAGCAGCAAUAAAAAUAGAAGCACCAGUAAUAGCAAUAAAAGUAGAAGCAGUCUGAUCCCUGCCUACAUCCUUUAUUUGAUCUGGUAUUUUAUCUUUCAUUCAUCUUGUUUAUUCUACCAACGAUCAUAUCAGUUAUAUGUAUAUAUUUAUAUUUUUUUCUUCAUUACGGAUGGACCGGUUAAGAUUAGUUCAAGAAGUGCAGCCUUAGGCUCAAGUUUUUUUAAUUUACGAACUGCUCCUUUUUAUUUUUCUAUUUUCAUCAGGAAAUUUCAGUUUUUAGUUUCUGAAUCAGUUACCUAGAAUUGAAAACAGGAAAAAAAAUUUGGGGAGUCCUAUAAUUUUUGAUUAGCAUGUAUGUGUAUGACUGAUAUGGUAUCGUGUCUGAUGAUUUUCACCGGAAGAAAAAAGUUGAUUUUAAAUAACCAUUUUGUAUUUGUUUAAGUAUAUAUUUAUUUAUCUAUCUAUUUGGUGCCCUGUAGCCAAAAGAUGCUCUGGAGUCAUUUAUUUUUUAAAGUACAAAGUGAACUUUUGUUUUUAUCCCAACUUUUUUAAAAGCGGCAAACGGGAGAAAAGUUCGCUUGAAAAAGCUAAAAAAUUAUUUUUUUAAUACAUUUAAAGAUUAGAUGUGUUUAUAAGAUUUUUACCUUUUUACUCACCUUCAACAUUAAAAAGAAUAGCAAAAAUAACAACCUAUUGAACUUAGAAGAGAACUAUAUAAAAACCACCCUACAGUAUUGUGUAUCAUGGUAAGCUAGGCUCCUACAAUUUUGGCAAACUUAUCCUUGAAUGUUCAUGUGCCAAAAUAAUGUUCCAAGUAGAGAGGAGGUCAGCAAAUCACUAAAGUACGUACGCUUUUUUAUUUUUAAAAUGAACUUGUAUCAAAACCACCGUUUUUGGCUUAUGUCCUUCUAUCAAACAAGUCUUCAGCUAAGAAGAAAAAAAAAGUAAUAAAAACCCUCCAGCUCCCC